UUUUGUUUAAUUCUAGAUGAGGAAUGAUGCAAGGUCCCAUCGGUGGGCGUAGGUUUCCUCAAGUGCCUACGAAAAGCCUCUAGCCGGAUCACCGGCUUUCUCUUCUCCGCGCACACAAAGAUGGGCGGAAUCCUAUCCUUAUUAUGUUAAUGAUGAUGUUAUGACAAAGUACUUGUCGCUUGGUUGUAUGGCGGAGUGGUGUACAAAGUAACAAAGUGACACCCUCCAAUAUCAUGGGAAGCAGAGUGAUAAUGAAUAUAAAGACAUACAGCCUCCCGUCUCAGUACUAUCCCCCCGGCUCUUUGUUGCUUUUUUCUACUUGACUUUCUCAUUGGACUGUAAUCUACGAAGGCGCAAAAGCCCUGUACAAUAAGCAUAUGAAUAAUCUCCACCGACACUUCUAAUUCGAGAACCUGAGCUGCACUGCCAUCCUUCUCAGGCUGCGAUAUAAUACAAGAGGCUGAACUACAUAAUAAACCAAAUUUCCGCGUCAACUUCAUCAACAAAGCCUUUUCUCAACCUGUUUACCACCAUAUUCCCAGAUACCUAUUCCCAUAAUCCGACAAUAUGCGUGUAUUAAACCUCAUCACACUUUCUGCCAUCGGCACUUCCAGUGUCUUUGCCCAAAGCAACAAUGUCACAGGGAAACUAGGUGACGCUCCUGCUACCUCCGGCAACCCCGCUGGAAAAAUCGCAAUCGCCACUCUCCCUGAAGACGCAUUCUGGGGUGGAAGCAUAAACGGCAACGUCAGAGGCCAUGUUGCUGCCACGUCCGGUGUAGACGGUAACGGCAUCGACUACGAAGUCUCCUUCUCGAACCUCCCUACCGAAGGCGGUCCUUUCAUCUACCACAUCCACGUAGCCCCCGUCCCCUCCGACGGCAACUGCACCAGCACCCUCGCCCAUCUCGACCAGACGAUCCGCGGCGAAGACCCAGCCUGCGACCCCGCGCGCCCCGCGUCCUGUCAACAGGGCGACCUGAGCGGGAAGUACGGCAAGAUCAACGGGUCCGCGCCGUUCGCCGCCAAGUUCCACGACCCGUACACCUCGCUCGUCGAAGGCGACGGCGCGUACUUCGGCAACAGGAGCUUGGUCUUCCACUUUAACAAUAAGACACGCAUCUCUUGCGCUAACUUCUCUGUCCUCUCGUCGAAUACUACGUCCCCUUAUCCUACCGGCAGCAGCCCGGCUAAGUCGUCCCCGACGGCUUCGACGAUCCCGGUUACGGGUGCUGGUGCUGCGUUGGGUGUUGUGAGGAACUUGGCUUUUGCGCCGGUUGUUGUGGCUUUCUUCGCUUUGCUGUAGGGGGCUGGGUUUAGUCUUUCACUUCCUUCCUCCUAGGUACCUACCUAGUAGUUGUCCCUGGCCGUGACAUGUCUCCGGUCUGGGCAAAAGUUGAAAAAGUUCAUUGGCUUGGUUCGUUCUUUUGGUCGGCGUUUCGGAUGGGGUGAUGAUGUCCGCUGCUGCCCCUGGAGAUUGACGCCUUGAUGAUAUGGAUACCUGUAUGUACAGGAUGGGGAUGAGGCUACGGUUGAUACUCGCAAAGAGAUAGAUCUCAUGUGGACUUAGGUUGUUUAAGUUUUCAUGUAUAUAUUAAUUAUUAAUACUGUGGUAUUUAUAUCAUCCCCUCAUGACAUCGCCAACUAUUUGUUUAAGU